AUGGACAAAGAUUCCGUGAAGCUCGAGGAGGAGGCAAAUAGGCGGAAGUGCGCAGAGCAGCAGCCGCGGGAGCCUGAUGUCAGGCUGACGUGGCUCAAGGAGGAGCGGAGAUGCGGAGAGGACGGCGGAAGCGAGGAGGCGGAAGGGGAAGGGCACGAGUAUGGGGAUGAAGAGGAAGGGGAGAAAGAAGGGGACGGGGAGGAUGAAAAGGAGGAAGGGGAAAGGGGGGAGAUAAGGGACGGGAAAACAGAGAAUGGGGAGAAAAGGGAGGACGGGGGUAAGGGGGAGGAGUGUGGGAGGGGGUAUGGCGGAGUGCUGAAGGAAAGGGAGGAGGGAGAGGAGAUGGAGGAGGGGGAGGAGGGGGAGGAGCGAGAGGAGGGGGAGGAAGGGGAAAGGGGCGAGCCGAGUGUGGUGGAAGCGCUGCGGGAGGAGGUGGAGAUGGAGCGGAUCCUGCGCGCAUUGGCGGAGGAUGGCAUGAAGGCAGUAGAGCAGCAGAUGGAGAGGCUAAGGGACGAGGUCAGCAGGUACAAGGGGCAGCACCAGCGAGACACAGAGACGGUGUUUCAGCUGCAGUCUUCGGAGUGGCAAGCGUUGCAGGAGGUACAGGAGGAGCGGGAGCAGCGGAGGGAGUUAGAGACGUCCCUAAUCUACCUCCACCACACGCUCCUGGAAUUGCUACCGCCAGACCUCCUCACCGACCCGCCUGUCUUUCACACCUAUUCCCACCCUCCUAUUUUCCCACCGGACCUCCUCUCGAACCUCUCAGAAACUCCGUCGCACCUUCUCACAUCGGACGACCAUGAAGACCCUUGUAACCCCCCUAUGAUUCCACCGGGCCUGCUCUCGAACCUUUCUGAAACCCCGUCGCACCUUCUCACAACGGACGGCCACGGACACCCCUGUGACCCUUCUGAGACGUCUCACAAGCUGCCAGACCUUUCGAAAACGCCAUCACAGGUGGUGCUUCCAUCCGAUGGCCACGCGUACCCGUCUGCUCCUUUUGAGACGACUCAGGAGCCGUUGGAUCUCCCUGAAACGCCUUCAUCUCAAGCCCUCGCAGAGGACGUUUACGGCUCUUUUGUCCCUUCUGACCCUUCCCAUUUCCCUCCAUGCUCGUUGGCCUUAGAUGAUACUCCUUGCGCUUCCCAUAACGAGGGCUGCACUAACGAGGAUACCACCAGCGAGGGCUGUGCCAAGGAGGCGAGUGGCAGCAGCGGUGUGCUGGAGUGUGGAUGUGGCAAGUCGGGUUGUGCCACGCUUCUGGUGCCUCCGGAAGAGAGCAGCAGCGUGAGUGGUGCUGCAGGUGCCGCGAACGUUGCGUGUGGCAGCAGCAACAGCAGCAGCAGCGCCAGUACCGGUGCCAGCUCCAGCAGCAGUGCAAGCAGCACGCCGCCAUUCGCGCCUGUCUCAGAGCACACCGCUUCUCCUCCGGCUCCCCUCGCCGCCCUCUCUCUCCCUCUCUUCGCCUCUCGCCUUCUACAGCUGCAUAUCGAUUCACCCUCCGCACUCUCUCCCUCUCCUCCUGCUCCUUCGUCUGCUCCUGCUGCUCCUGCUGCCCCUCCUCUCCCUCCUGCUGCCUCUGAAUCGGAGGAGGGAGCAGGAAGUGUGGCAGCUGGGGCACAGACGGGAGCUGGGCAGAGGAGCCCGGGGGGUCGGGUAGGGCUGAGAGGAGAGGGGGACGGGGAGGAGGUGCAUUGGGUGAGAGAGGGUUGGUUGAAGUUGAAGGUUGGUGGGGAGAGGGCAGGAGACCGAGACGGGGUCGAAAGGGUGGGACGGGGGAUUGGGAGGAGGAUCGGAGUGAGGACGGUAGGAAGAGAGAGGCCAAGGUUGGAGGAAGGAAAAGAGGUGGCAAGUGGGACGGGAGGGGGUUGUGGGAGGAGCGAGCAGCAGAGGAUGCGGUGUGGACGAUGUGAGGCUCUGGACGGGGCUAGGGUAGGAGUGGGGAGAGGAGGAGGGGCAGUGGAGGGGAGAGGGGUGGAUGAGGGGGAGAAGACUGCGGUGCAGAGGGGUGGUAAUGCUUCUAUGUGUGUGUUGGGGACGACUUUUGAGGCGCCACAAAAGAAGACUGCGGUGCAGGGUAAUGCUUCUAUGUGUGUGCUGGGGAAUGCUACCGCCCUGCAACCUGCCCUUCCCAGGUCUACCUCCCCGAAACCUACCUUCCCCAAGUCUGCCCUUUCCGAAUCUGCCCUCUCCAAAUCUCCCCUCCCCGAAACCUCCGCCCAUGAAUCCGCUCUCCCCCCGUCGCUGUCCCCGCUGGUGCCGGUGCUGCUGCUGGCUCGCGUGGCGUGCCCGUGCUGCCAAGUUGAAGGGCUGCAGUGGUUGUGCGAGGGGUGCGGGGCCAAGGGGAGGUGGGACGGAGAGAGAAACGGGGGGACAGGGUAUCGGGUGAAAAAGGUAGAGAAAGCGAGAGAGGAAGAGAAAGAGGAAUGCAGAGAGGAGGAGAGCGAGGAGGAGAGGGAGAAGGAGGGAGGAAGAGACGGAAAAAGGGAGAGAUUGGAGGAGUGGCAGGUGAAGGCGGUGAGAGGGGAGGAGUCAGGGGAGGAGUCAGGGAAGGAGUCAGGGGAGGAGUCAGGGGAGGAGAGCAACAAGGGGAUUGACAGGAGUGGGGAGAGAGGAGGGUUAGGCUCGAAUACCCAGAAACUCCGGUACAGGAUAGGGGCGGGAAUGAGAGGAAAGAGCGAGCAGGCUUUUGAGACGUCUGGAGACUCGAAUACCACGAAACCCCAGAAUGGGAUAGGGGCAGGGAUGAGAGGACAGAGCAGACAGGUUAUCUCGGAGAAGCUUCCUGUGGAAGAAGGGAAGUGUGGGAUGAGUAGGAAAGGGGGUAAGGGAGCAAAGGGAGGGAAGGGAGGGAAGGGAGGGUGGGAUGAGGAGGGAGAGGAGGGAGGGAGGGGAGGUGGUUCUUGCUGCUGCUGUGAUGACUGUGCCGUUCACACCCCCAUGCAGACCAUGCUGCAUCCCAUUCUGUCUGGACCCCACACCCAUGGCACGCCACAAGCCAACCAUUCUUAA